AUGCGACGAAAACUUACUCCAUUAUUUGCUAUCCUAAUCUUUUCGACUGUCUUAUCAAUUUGGAUUGUUUAUAAUCGUAUAUUGAACUUUCAAGAUGAAUCUUUUGAAAAACUUCUCACAUUACCACAAUUACCAAAGCCAACAACUUUUAUGGUUAAUCCAUUGCAAAUUCAAGACUGGGUUAGAAAAUACAAUGUAACCCAUUUAUUUGACUGGACUUGGCAUAAAAAUGGAGAUUUCAAACGUUGUCGUACACCAGCUAUUCUUUCAUCUCAGCCACCAGUACGUAAAUUUAAACUCAAUUCAACAACAGUUGUGAACGAUGUUGUUGCUUAUUUUCAAUCUCAUCCUGAUGAAGGAUGUAUUGUAGAUAGUGUGGCUCGUCUACCAACUUUGGUUCCUCAUCCGGUGCCUCGUGCUCGUUCUUUGAAUGAUACAUGUUUUUCGCUUCACAUCGAAGGAUGGCCUUUAUGUAAUAGAUCACCAAUGGAACUCAGUGAAUUAAUUCCGGCAAUUUCAAGAUUUGUAGCAAUCGCUGUGUUUAAAGGUUACAUCGAUACAGGUUACUGUCAUCCAGAAGUACCCGGAACAAUCUUUACUGAGCAUGCUACAAUUCAUUUUCAAACAUGGACUGCACGAUGUGGUAAUGAUGGUAUCUAUAAUAUCCCACGAAUUAAACCGAAAUAUCAACAUACUGAAUUAAUUGAUUCAAUUGGAACGUAUCUUAGUGCACCCGGACAUUUUGGACCACAACAACUACCACGAUUAUUGCGUCUGCUUGCAACUGCACCAACAACAGCUAAAGUUCUCGUAUCAAAAGGUGGUGUUGCUGAUUUAUUGGUAGAUGUUCUUGUAGAACGAGGUAUAGUUGCACGUGAUCGAAUUAUCCCUUAUGAAGCACACAAAGGUUCUUAUCACUUUGCCAGUAUUGUUUAUCGUAGUGAAACCUGGCCUUAUGUCGGCAAUCGACCCAUUCCUAAUCAUCUUCAUGAUCGAACUGAUAUGCAACUUGUUCAUCGAGUUUUGGCCGGUGAUGAAGAACAAUCGAUUGUUAAAAAAGAUCGCAUUAUUCUCAUUAAACGAAACAAAGGACGUGCACGAUCGAUUAUUGAGCAUUCAAGCUUAGCUGUGUUGAUAACAUCUGCACUUAAGGAAUCUAACAUGACAUCAAAUCUUCAUCUUGAAAUCUUCGAAGCUCAAGGACACAUGCGUGAUCAUAUUGCUCUUUUUCGUCGAGCUCGUGUGAUCGUAGGCCCUCAUGGAGCUGGAAUGAUGAAUAUUCUAUGGGCAUCACCAGGAACAUACGUAGUCGAAAUUGGAUACACAACUGGAAUGGUUUUUCCUCAAAUGUAUGCUGAAAUGAGUCUUCAUUUAGAUCAUAAAUAUUGGAUAUGUAAAGGAUACGGAGAUUAUGCUGCUCCGAUUCAUGUUGACCUGAACGAUUUUGUUUAUAUUAUUAAUCAGAUUCUUCAGGAAAUAAAAAUAGAGAAUCAACGGUCUUAA